AUGUUCAACUUUCCACUGAGUCGUUAUCGAGUGACGACUAUUUUCGUUUUGACGAUAGUUUUUUGUUCCAACUGGGCACUAGCUGAAGGUGCUGAAAAUGAAGUUAGGACAAGAAAAUGUCUAACUCGAGAUGAUCUACCAGGUGAAUGCAUGCCAAUCGAGCUAUGCCACUCAAUUUAUUCUUAUUAUGAGAGUUUCAUCAAAUCGACUAAACCCAUUCCACGAAGAAUAAGAACGAAGCUCAAUAGUCUCUCCUGUAUAAAUCGGUCGGGCAACAAAAUAAUAGUUUGCUGUCUCAGCAAAGUCAGCAAAUACCUGGACUUCGAGGACCCUCCUGAUAUUUCCAUGCAUGAGAACCUGAAACUGUUGCCAUAUGAUGACUGUGGCAAAGCAUCAAGUAGAUUUAGAAUUAGAAAUGGCAAAAAUACGGAAUUGGGCGAUUUCCCUUGGAUGGCAAUAAUUUUCAUCAGAGAAGGCGAAUCAGGACGAAAGAGAUUCAAGACAGUCGAGAAGCAGGUUAAACAGAUGAAAAAUGAAGGAAAACAAAAAAAUGGCCCAGCACUUCACGCUCCUCGCACUGAAGAUGGAUUUGGAUGUGAACGCAACCCAGGAUGUAAAAUGUGUGGAGGAACUAUAAUCAAUGAGAGAUAUAUUCUCACAGCAGCACACUGUGUUACUAAAACAAAACCUACAUCGAUCUACGUGAGAGUAGGAGAACACGAUUUAUCUAGAGAAAAAGACUGUGUACCUUAUUGGUGUGCUCCCCCAGUUCAAGAUUUGUCAGUUGAGGAGAUCAUUAUUCAUCAGAAAUAUAGAAGGGGAGAAUUUCAUGAUGAUAUUGCUAUGUUAAGAGUAUCCAAGAUGAAUUUCAAAGAUACUGUAUUGCCAAUAUGUUUGCCAAUUGAUCAGGUAUCAAAGAAGCAAGAGGUCAAAAGUUUAACUGCGACUGGUUGGGGUGUCAAUCAUACGAAUGCACCUUUCCUGGAUUCUGUGGUAGGGCAAUCCUCCUGUAUCGCUCUGAGAGACGUCAUCAUGAUCGAAAGACAAGAAUUAAUUGGUGUCUGCCUUAGCAAAAGGCAAAACACCUAUUCAGCUCAUCCAACUCUUGUGAAGCCGCUUCCCCGUGGAAGAUUUGUUGGCUUCCAGGUACGAUCUUUGGCACCUUCACUUGGCCUGACUAAGGCAAAUUCGACUAGCACACCCCCGGCGCUCCCAUUCAUCAUGAUAAUGGUCUUGUCCAGCGAGACCUGUUCGAUAGUCUGUUCACUAUCCUACUGACCUACUUCGGGUAGUAAAGUAAAUCCAAGUAAAACUGGAAUGCUUUGUGAGCAGUGAAUUUUGCAGAUUAAUAGACUUUGUUUGACCAAACUUUAUCGUUUCUUAUUUUCUGUCUAAAUUCCACAUUCAAGAGGCGCC